GAGAGAGAGAGAGAGAGAGAGGGAGGGAGAGCGCGAGAGACAGACAGACAGCGAGUGAGGGGAGAGAGAGAGGAAGAGAAGAUCACGUCGUGAGUAGCGAGAUAUGGUAAGGAAGACGUAAUGGUAAAUAGCAAAUAUCACAAAACUGCUGCGGACAAGCUGGAGGAAAAGAAGAAAAGAAGUCUGACCGAUAAAAUGAAGAGCGCGCAAGAGAGAUCUCGACACUUGGGCACUGGUUACUAGUAAUGUAUUUUGAUCGAAACAUUGGAAAGAGCGAAGACAACUGUCGCAGCUUUUCGGAUACAGCCAUAACCACAAUUCUCACUAUGGAUACUAUGAAUGUUAUCAUGUGAAGCAGGUUUUAUGAAAUGGCAUAUUUUUAAAGUUAAAUCCUUCUUAGCCUAUACAUAUUCUUAACUGUGCCCAAUCGAUUCAUUUUUUUUUUUUUUUUGUAAUUAAUGGAUGGGCUCGCUCGGUCGAGGCUCCAGUUGAACGAGCCCCGCUAACAUUCGGUGACUACCGGAGAGUGGUUACGGGAGAGUUCUGACUAACAGGUGACGCUGGCAGCAGCAAUACCAGCCCCAGCGGUAUGUAUAGGCUACUUCGGCAAUAAGCGACUGGUAAAAGCAAUAAACUCCGCCAUAUACGAGUGAACUAUUCAGCCAUGAAUGAUGCGGCAAGUAACUUCAGGGGAGGCAUCGCGGGCGACUGUCUCCCGGCAUCUGCCGCGCGGAUAUUUAAUUUACUUUUUUAAUGCUGAAUAUCAGCACACUAACUAUAGGGCCCUUCUGAACUUCAGUUAUUCUUGGAUUGGGGUUUGACGUAAUAACAGUAAUUUUAGAACUAAUUUUUAUUAUUAUUAUUAUUAUUAUUAUUUUUCUUCAGAAAAGAUAAUCGCUAUUUGCACAUGCACUGUGAUGUGUCCCUUAUGUUUAUAAUUCUUUUUUUUUUUUGCGUGCGUGCAUUUGAAAUGGUCUCGCGCAACAUUAUCGUUGGCUGAAAUGAGACCAUGAUAAAAAAUAGACAUUUGUUUUUACUGAAACAGUAUACAGCCAAAGCACAACUUUAACAUCCUUACUAAUUUAGGCUACUUUAUGCAAGGCCAUUUCCUUGUUGUAAGUCGUCUUUAGACUAUUUCCAAUGAUGGAGACACCACCUUGCUCCAAGAAGAGCUUGUCUCUCUCGCUGCCCGUUCCCCGAGAAGGACAUGCGACCCUCAGGCCCCCGCAGCACCUUUGGAGGCAGCCGCGGACCCCCAUCAGAAUUAAACACCGCGGAUAUUCGGACACUGACCGGCAUCACCAUCACCAUCGGCAGAUCGAGCGCUCCAACGCCGUGGACACGAGCGACCGACCAGGACUGAAAAAGUCUCGCAUGUCUUGGCCCGCUUCCUUCCAAGGAACGAGCAGCACGUGCGGCGGUAACUGUGCGUCAAACAAACGGUCUGAUGUGGAGAACGGCUCGUCUCUGGCCGCUCCAGAUCAGCAGCCCAGUCCCGGGGCGAUGCUGCACCCCUCCUUCCCCCAAAGCCAGCGCCGCGAGUCCUUCCUGUACCGCUCCGACUCGGACUACGACAUGUCCCCCAAGACCGCGUCCCGCAACUCGUCCGUCAGCAGCGAUGCGCACCCUGAGGAUCUCAUUGUGACCCCGUUUGCUCAGGUGUUGGCCAGUCUGCGCACUGUAAGAAGUAACUUCACCAUCCUCGUCAACGUCACCACGCCCGCCGACAAGAGGUCGCCACUGGGAGGUCAACCUACAGUGCCCAAAGCAACACUUUCAGAGGACACGUAUGAGCAGCUGGCUCGGGAGACCCUGGAGGAGCUGGACUGGUGCCUGGAGCAGCUGGGGACCAUCCAGCCCCACCGCUCUGUCAGCGACAUGGCCUCCACCAAGUUUAAGAGGAUGUUAAAUCGGGAGCUCUCUCACCUGUCUGAGAUGAGUCGCUCUGGAAACCAGGUGUCAGAGUACAUCUCCAGCACCUUCCUCGAUAAGCAGAACGAGGUGGAGAUCCCCUCCCCUACGCAGAGAGAGCGGGAGAAGCCCACGAGUCACAUCAGCAGCGUGAGGAAGCUCACCUGCCCCAGCCUCACCCACAGCUCCAGCCUCACCUGCCCCACCUGCCCCAGCCUCACCUGCUCCUCUGUCCCACGCUUCGGAGUGCCCACGGACCAGGAGGAGGAGCUGGGCAGGGAACUGGACGACUUGAACAAAUGGGGCCUUAAUAUCUUCCACAUCGCGGAGUUCUCAAACAACAGACCGCUCAGCUGCAUCAUGUUCGCCAUAUUCCAGGAGAGGGAUUUGUUGAAGACAUUCCAGAUUCCGGUGGAUGCUUUCAUGACAUUUGUGAUGACCCUGGAGGAUCAUUACCAUAGCAACGUGGCCUACCACAACAGUCUGCAUGCUGCUGAUGUCACACAGUCCACACACGUGCUUCUGUCCACUCCAGCCCUUAACGAUGUCUUCUCUGAGCUGGAGAUUCUAGCUGCUCUGUUUGCUGCAGCUGUUCAUGAUGUGGAUCACCCAGGAGUUUCUAACCAGUUCCUCAUUAAUACCAACUCAGAGCUGGCGCUGAUGUACAACGACGAGUCGGUCCUGGAGAACCACCACCUGGCCAUCGGGUUCAAGCUCCUGCAGCAGGAGAACUGCGACAUCUUCAAGAACCUCAGCAAGAGACAGAGACAGAGCCUGCGCAGAAUGGUCAUCGACAUGGUGUUGGCCACCGAUAUGUCCAAACACAUGAGCCUGCUGGCUGACCUGAAGACGAUGGUGGAGACGAAGAAAGUGACCAGUUCGGGAGUGCUGCUGCUCGACCACCACACUGACCGAAUACAGGUGCUGAGGAACAUGGUGCACUGUGCGGACCUGAGUAACCCCACCAAGCCGCUGGCCGUGUACCGGCAGUGGACUGAGCGCAUCAUGCAGGAGUUCUUCCGGCAGGGCGACCGAGAGAGAGAGAGAGGCAUGGAGAUCAGCCCCAUGUGCGACAAGCACACCGCGUCUGUGGAGAAGAGCCAGGUGGGCUUCAUUGACUACAUCGUUCACCCCCUGUGGGAGACGUGGGGAGACCUGGUGCACCCCGACGCUCAGGACAUCCUGGAGACGCUGGAGGAGAACCGGGACUGGUACCAGAAUGCCGUCCCCCAGAGCCCCUCCCCCAGCCCCUCCCCCUUGCACAGCUUCCAUUUCCAGCUCACCCUGGAGGACGAGGGGGAGGGGGAGGGGGAGGGGCAGCUCCGCCUCGCUGGGGACGGGACGGGUCCCGCCGUCAGGGAGAACAGACACUCCGAUGCAAGUCCUGAGGAAGAGGAGGAGUCUUCCUCACCUGCUGAGUACACGUGAGGAAGGGCCCCCACACUUCAUCCCUGUAGGGGGGCGCGCGUUUGCGUGCCUGUGUACCCCACUGGGGGUGAAGGGCAGUUG